UUUGGUCAAGAUAAACAUGGCAGGGAAUAUUUAUACCUCAGCUGCCCAUCAAUUCCUGCUUCUCUUAACAUUUCAUCAGAACUGGUUUUGCUUCACCAGUUCAUCUGCAAACUGUAAAUAAUUAUGGAUGAUAUGAAUGAAUAUUUGUUUAACUUUAACGGAUAUAAUUUUGAGAAAGCUUUUGUGAACAAUGAGUUUUUAGAAAAGAUGGAAGAUUUGGAAAUUAGAGAUGAUGAUGUCUUCAUCAUCACGUACCCAAAAUCUGGUACCAUCUGGACUCAGCAGAUCAUCAGUUCGAUUUAUUUUGAGGGUCACCGGAACAACACUGAAAACAUACCAACAGCAGAUAGAGCACCGUUCUUGGAGUACAAUAAUUAUAAUUUAGACUAUGCCAAAAUAUCAUCACCUCGCAUCUUCAGUUCCCACCUUCCAUAUUACUUAGUUCCAAGAGGUCUCAAGGAAAAAAAGGCUAAAAUUCUUUAUAUUUACAGAAAUCCCAAAGAUGUUUUGAUCUCAUAUUUUCAUUUUUCAAAUUGGGUGGUUACCCUUGAAACUACAGAUACCAUAGACCUUUAUCUGGAAAAAUUUCUAGAUGGAAAAGUUGUAGGAAGCCGUUGGUUUGAUCACAUUAGAGGGUGGUAUGAGCACAGACAUGACUUCAAUAUAAUGUUCCUGAGCUAUGAAGAUUUGAAAAAGGUACCAUUGGAGACUGGAAAAACCAUUUGACUGUGGAGCAGAAUGAAAGAUUUGACAUGAUAUUCAAGAGAAAUAUGAAAAAAUUUCCCUUGAAGUUUAUCUGGGAUAUAAAUGAACAAUAAAAGUCUAAUGUCAGCAUAAAAUAAAUUAAGAAAAAUCCAUUCAGAAGAAUACUUGCUUUAAUAUCAAUAUUAAUAUCUUCAAUAUUUUAAUCAUUAAAUGCCAAGCUUUAUUAAGGAUCAAAAUGAACAAACUAUAUAAAUGUUAAUUACAUUGAGAUUCAGAAAUGAUUUCAAAUUUCAAAAUUAAAAUAGUUUGGGUUCUAGUUAGCAAUUGUAUUGUGCACUAAUGUCAUAAAUUAUGGUGCUUUCUGAUAUAGAAAAAUGUCUGCAAGGAGUAGCCUGCAAUGCACAGUUUUUUCUUCUCACAUACAAUACAAUUCUGGAUGAAGAAACACUAAACAACUUCUCAUUAUUACAAUAGAACUUUAACUUUCCUUGAAUGAAGAAUGUGUGAGGAGUGUUAGAAUUUUUAAUUUGGAAAACUAAACCUGAGCAUUGAAUGGAGGCAGAAUAACCAUUUAGAUUAAGAACUAGAAAAGAAGGAAGAUGUAUUCACCUCCUUAGUAAAGUAUAAACUUUUUAUUGAUGAA